AUGAGUGAACCUCGAACCUUUCGUUUCCAGUCCCAGCUUCCCAAGCUCCCUGUCCCCGAAUUGGACGAGACUUGCGACCGUUACCUCACCACGGUCAAGCCCUUUUUGAGCGAGCAGGAUUUUGAAAGAACCAAGCUCGCCGUCGAAGAAUUCAAGAAGGGCGGUGUCGGCCAAGAGCUCCAGAAGCGCCUGGUCGAAAGAGCUCAAAAGUCCGAGACUAGCUGGUUGAUCGAUUGGUGGAACGAGUGGGCCUACAUGGGCUACCGCGACCCUGUCGUCAUCAACGUCAGCUACUUCUUCGUCUUUCGCGAUGAUAAGCGCAGAAAACAGCCCGCGGCCAGGGCGGCCUCGCUCGUGACCGGGGCGCUCCUGUUCAGAGAUUCGCUUCUCAAGGAAGAGCUCGAGCCCGACAUGGUCCGCACCACCCCGCUCUGCAUGCAGCAGUACAAGUACAUGUUCAACAACUGCCGCAUUCCCCAGAUCCCUUCGGACAUUACUCGCAACAGCGAUCCCAAGGAGAACCAGCACAUUGUCGUCAUGAGAAAGAACCAGUUCUACUCCCUCACCGUUAUCGACAAGGACGGCAGCCAGCUCUCCACCGAUGAGAUCGAGGAGCAGCUUCUCAAGAUCUACGAGCAGGCCGACAAGAUCGGCAAGGUCCCCGCCGUUGGCGCCCUCACCUCCGAGCACCGCGAUGUCUGGACCAACAUUCGCGACGAAAUGUUGAAGUCCCCCCUCAACGCCGCGUCGCUCGAGGCGAUCGAGAGCGCCAUCUUGGUCCUCUGCCUGGACGACACCAAGCCCGUGACCCAUGACGAGGCUAGCCGCGCUUGCUGGCACGGCGACGGUCGCAACCGCUUCUACGACAAGUCGCUCGAGUUCAUUGUCUUUGACAACGGAAAGGCCGGCUUCCUCGGCGAGCACUCCAUGAUGGACGCCACCCCCACCUCCCGCCUCUGCGACUUUAUCCUCGAGGGCCUUGACAAUGGCACCAUCAACCACGGCACUCGCACCGGCGCCUCGAUCGAGCCCGUGCGCCUCGAGUUUGAGUUGACGGACUCGCUGCUCCAGGCCAUCGACACGGCCCAGACCAACUUUGCCGCCCUGAUUGCCAAGGAGGACCUGCGCGUGGUUGCUUUUGAUGGAUACGGAAAGAACCUCAUCAAGAAGUUGCAAGUGUCCCCCGACGCAUAUACCCAGAUGGCCAUGCAGCUGGCUUACUACCGCAUGUACGGCCACUGUGUCCCCACCUACGAGUCCGGCAUGACCAAAAAGUUCCUCUGCGGCCGAACCGAAACCUGCCGCUCCGUCACGAUGGAGUCCGUCGACUGGGUCAAGGCCAUGGAUGACCCCGCUCUCUCGCCCAAGGAAAAGGGCGAGCUUGGCCGCAAGGCUGUCGGCGCCCAGUCCGCCUACAUGGCCAAGUGUAUCGACGGCCGUGGUGUCGAUCGCCAUCUCCUCGGUCUCAAGCUCUCGGUUCUCCCUGGCGAGCCUGUCCCCAGUCUCUUUGCCGACCCUGCUUACGCCUACUCGACCCACUGGUAUCUCUCCACCUCGCAAAUCACCUCCGAGUAUUUUGAAGGCUAUGGCUGGGGCCAGGUCGUCUCGGAUGGCUACGGUAUUGCGUACAUGGUGCCCAACAACAAGCUCUACUUCAACAUUGUCUCUCUCCACUUGAGAAACGACCAGCUUGAGCACUACCUCCGCGAGGCUCUCAUGGAGAUGCGCGAGGUCUUUGAGGCUUCGAUCCCGCCUCCCAAGCCCAAGCCCGCUCCCGUGUCUGCUCCCGUGUCUGCUCCCGUGGCUGCCUCGGCCCCUGAACUCGCUGCACCUACUGUCGUCAUUACCCCGUAA